AUGGCAUGCAAUUGCUUGAAUCACGGUCAGUGUACUGAAGAUGGCACCUGCAACUGCCGGAAAGGAUUCCACGGAGACAAGUGUCAGCAUACUUUCAAAACGAACUGCCUGGGUACAGACAAGGCAGUGUACACCUGGACGGCUCUCGCCAGCUUGCCGUGUUAUCCACACCUCGACGAGGGCAGCUGCCAGAACAAGACGAACUAUACGAACGCCCGCCAGAUGUGCAGAAGAAGAGGCUACGACUUGGUUGACUUUCAUGCCUUCGCCAUCCUAAAGCUUGGCGUGCGCUACUGCAUGGAAGCAUUGCUCAACGAGAUGAUAGCGAGCAGUUACAGCAGCCCUAUCACAAUAUGGACAUCGUUCAAGAGGAAAGACCAGUAUACCAUUUACAAGCAGGGCAAGAACGACUUAAGAGAAGAAUUACAUGAUAGACAUGGAACAAGCCAUCAUGAUGUCAUCUGCGAAGCCAAGUGGGUCCACAUCAACGACUCAGUAUACGCCGCUGCAACACCAGCACUCACAACCAAUAUCACUGAGCAGUUUGCAGAGGAGGCAUGUCGGCAGUACGGACUUCACCUCAUAACCGAGGACUGGCUGCAAACACAUCACAGUGUAUUAUUUCGAGAGCCCUGGCUAAAGAAGUUGGCUAUUCUUCAUAAGCCUCGGAACGCACCUUUCCACGUGAAACCAAUCCGGGUGAACGGCCGCUCCCUUUACAGAACCGUAACAUUUAGACAGCCAAAAAGUCUGAUGUAUCAAAACACCACAAGCACUAUGCGUGCCCGAAUCCUCUGUGUCAAGUUCUGUGAGAACGGUGUUCUUGCGCCAAACCUGAUGACUUGUAUGUGUAACCGUACCACAUCAUACGGAGAAUAUUGUGAAAAGGAGUGCAAGUGUUUGAACCAGGGUCAGUGUGACGACAAGGGUAAAUGCAUCUGCCCGAAGCGAUUCACAGGAAGCCAUUGCCAAGAAGUUGUUACAUGCGCUACUCCAUUAGCGCCUACUUUUGGCAGUUUCUCUCUACCGGCUGGUGUAUCAAGCUUUGUCUAUAAUACAGUGGGAACAUUUGUCUGCAAUCCCGGCCAUCGCCUUGUCGGCGAUGCCACCACACAGUGUUUAGCCCAUGGUGAUGUCAGCAGCACACCGCCCAUUUGCCAGAACGUCAACGAGUGUAAUAAUCCCACAUUGCAUACAUGCGAUCAAAACGCGUUGUGUAGUGAUGUGAUUGGCACGUUCACCUGCAAGUGUUUGGUGGGAUACAUUGGCGAUGGCAAACGUGGAAACUGCCAGAACAUUGAUGAAUGUUUGCCGGCUAGCCCAUGCCAUGUGGAUGCUAGCUGCAUUGAUAAUGAUGGCGGAUACAUGUGUCUGUGCAAGUCAGGUUACCACGGAAAUGGAAUUCAAUGUCAAGCAUGCAAUUGCUUGAAUCACGGUCAGUGUACUGAAGAUGGCACCUGCAACUGCCGGAAAGGAUUCCACGGAGACAAGUGCCAGCAUAUUGUGUGCACAAAUCCCUGGGUGAAAAAGAACAAAGCAUGUGAAUGUAAACCGAGACCAGACGGACCCAUCUGCACAGAAGUGUGCAAUUGCUUGAAUGAUGGUCAGUGUACUGAAGACGGCACCUGCAACUGCCGGAAAGGUUUCCAUGGAGACCAGUGUCAACAUGCUUUCAAGACAAAGUGCCUGGGUACAGAUAAGGCAAUGUACACCUGGAUGGCUCUUGCCAGCUUGCCAUGUUAUCCACAACUCGACUAUGGCAGCUGCCAGAAGAAAACGAACUUCGUGCACGCCCGCGAGAUGUGCGUGAGAAGAGGAUACAACGUCGUAGACUAUAAUUCCUUCACUAAGCUUGGCUUGAAGCUGGGUGUUAGCGACUGCAUAAAAUCAUUGCUGAGCGAGAUGAUGGCUAGACGUAACAGCAGUUACAGCACCCCUCUCAAGAUAUGGACAUCGGAAAUGUACUUUGGUCAACAUCUUAUUUACAAGCAAGGCAAGGACAACUCGAGCGACGCACUAUUUGACGGGGAUGGAAGAGGCAAUCAUGAUGUCAUCUGUGAAGCCAAAUGGCUCCAGGCCAACGGUUCUGUACACGCCGCAGCAACUCCAGCACACAGACCCAGCGUGACUGAGCAGUUCGCAGAGGACGCAUGUCAGGAGUACGGACAUCAUCUCAUUACCAAGGAGUGGCUAGAAGAACAUGGCCAUGUGUUAACAGAGCGCUGGCUAGAGAAGUUGGCCUUAUUGCAUAAACACCAGCAAGCACCUUACCACGUCGCGUCAAUCCGAGUCAAUGGCCAUUCCCUUUACAGAACCGUAAUGUUUAGCGCGCGAAAGCAGACGUUUCAGAACGCCACAAGCAAAACUCAAGCCCAGAUUCUCUGUGUCAAGACGUGUGAGACCGGUGUUCUUGGACCAGACCUGAGUUGUGUAUGUAACCGCACCUCAACCUAUGGUCAAUAUUGUGAAAAGGCAUGCAAGUGCUUGAAUCACGGUCAGUGUGACAACAAAGGUGAAUGCAGCUGCCCGAAAGGAUUCACCGGAGACAAGUGCCAACUCGUUGUGUGUACACAUCCCUGGGUGAAAAAGAACAAAGUAUGCGAAUGUACGGCCAGACUAGAUGGACCUAACUGCAAAGAAGCAUGCAAAUGCUUGAAUGACGGCCAGUGCACCAAAGAUGGCACCUGCAUCUGCCGGAAACGUUUCCAUGGAGAUCAGUGUCAGCACACUUUCAAGACAAAGUGCCUGGGUACAGAUAAGGCAAUGUACACCUGGAUUGCUCUCGCCGGCUUGCCGUGUCAUCCACACCUCGACGGUGACAGCUGUCAGAAGAAAACGAACUUGACGCAUGCCCGCCAGAUGUGCAAGAGAAGAGGAUACGACGUGGUAGACUAUAAUGCCUUCACCAGUCAGAUGCUUGGCGUGAGAGACUGCAUGGAAGAAUUGCUCAACAAGAUGAUGGCAAGCAAUUUCAACAACCCUAUCACAAUAUGGACAUCUUUCUUGAGGGAUGGCAAGCAUGUCAUUUACAAGGAGGGCAAGAACAACUUAAGAGAAGAGUUACAUGAUAGUAGUGGAGCAAGCCAUCUUGAUUUCGAGAUGAUGGCGAGCGGUGACAGCAACCCUAUCUCCCUAUCGUCAGGGCAAGAACAAGUUAAGAACAAGUUGAGAGAAGAGUUACAUGAUAGUAGUGGAGCAAGCCAUCUUGAUGUCAAGAUGAUGGCGAGCGGUGACAGCAACUCUAUCUCAAUAUCGGCAUCGCUCGAGGAGGAUGACCAAAAUAUCAUGUACCAGCAGGGCAAGAACGAGUUAAGAGAAGAGUUACUUGAUAGUAAUGGAGCAAGCCAUCAUGAUGUCAUCUGCGAAGCCAAGUGGCUUCACGCCAACUCCUCAGUAUACACCACAGCAACGCCAGCGCUGAGGCCCAACGUCACUGAGCAAUUCGCAGAGGAGGCAUGUGAGCAGUACGGACUUCACCUCAUAACCGGGGCCUGGCUGCAAGCACAUGGCUAUGUAUUAAGAGAGAGCUUCCUAGAUAGAUUGGCUAUUCGGCAAGCACCUUAUCACGUCAAACCAAUCGUGGUGAACGGCAACUCCCUUUACAGAACCGUAACGUUUAGCGAGGGAAAACAGAGGUUUGUGAACACCACAAGCAAUCACCGAGCCCAAAUCCUCUGUGUCAUGUGCAAGUGUUUGAACCAGGGUCAGUGUGACGACAAAGGCAAAUGCAUCUGCCCGAAGGGAUUCACCGGAGACAAUUGCCAGAAGGUUGUGUGCACACAUCCCUGGGUGAAAAAGAACAAAGUAUGCGAAUGUAAACCCAGACUAGAUGCACCUAAGUGCACAGUAGCAUGCAAUUGCCUGAAUAAUGGUCAGUGUACUGAAGACGGCACCUGCGUCUGUCCGACCGGAUUCCACGGAGACCAAUGUCAGGACAAUUUCAGGACAAAGUGCCUGGGUACGGACAAGGUGAUGUACACCUGGACGGCUCUCGCCGGCUUGCCAUGUUAUUCAGGCAGCUGCCCGAAGAUAACCAGUUGGACGAAAGCCAGAGACGCAUGCAGUGAUAGGGGAUAUCAGCUGGUCGACUUUAAAACCUUCACCUUGCUCGGCUCAAAGCUUGGUGUGCGUGGCUGCGUAGAGUCAUUGCUCCACGAGAUGAUGGUGAACAGUAACAGCAGCCCGAUCACGAUAUGGACAUCAUCCGAGUACAAUCGUCGGCGUAUUAUUUACAAGCAGGACAAGAACAAAUCGAGUGGUGCAAUAUUUAGUGUUCAUGGGUUCGGCCGUCACAAUGUCAUCUGCGAAGCUCAAUGGCUCCAUGCCAACGAUUCUGUAUAUGCCGCAGCAACUCCAGCACUCGGACCCAGCGUGACUGAGCAGUGCGCAGAGGACGCAUGUCAGCAGUACGGACUUCGCCUCAUAACCAAAGACUGGUUACAAGAACAUGGCCAUGUGUUAAGAGAACGCUGGCUAGAGAGAUUGGCUUUAGAUAAGUCCGACGGAUUAGGUUACCACGUCGCGCCAAUCCUGGUCAAUGGUCAGUCCCUUUACAGAACAGUAAAAUUUAGCAGACAACAUGUGACGUUUAAGAACGAAACAAGCCAUGAGGAUGCAAAGAUUCUCUGUGUCAAGUCCUGUGGGAGCGGUGUUCUUGCACCGAACAUGAGUUGUGCAUGUAACCGCACUAUGUCCUACGGUGAAGAAUGUGAAAAGGCAUGCAAGUGCUUGAACCAAGGUGAGUGUGAUGACAAAGGUGAAUGCAGCUGCCCUAGGGGAUUCACCGGCCACCAUUGCCAACUCGUUGUGUGCGAGGAACCCUGGGUGAAAAAGAGCAAAGUGUGUGAAUGUCAACCGGGACUAGAUGGACCCAACUGCACAGAAGCAUGUAAUUGCUUGAAUGACGGUCAGUGCACUGACGAUGGCAGUUGCAAUUGCCGGAACGGUUUCCAUGGAGACAAGUGUCAGUAUACUUUCAAGACAAAGUGCCUGGGUACAGAUAAGGCAAUGUACACCUGGAUGGCUCUUGCCGGCUUGCCGUGUUAUCCACACCUCGACGGUGACAGCUGCCAGAAGAAAACGAACUUGACGCAUGCCCGCCAGAUGUGCACAAGAAGAGGAUACAACGUGGUAGACCAUGAUUCCUUCACCAAUCAGACGCUUGGCGUGCGCGACUGCAUGGGAGCAUUGCUCAACAAGAUGGUGACAAGCGGUUACAGCAACCCUACUUCAAUAUGGACAUCAUUCAUGAAGGAUGACGAACAUCUCAUAUACCAGCAGGGCAAGAACAGUUCGACUAAAGAAUUGUAUGAUAGUGAUGGAACAAGCCAUCAUGAUGUCAUCUGCGAAGCCAAGUGGCUCCAUUACAACGACUCGGUAUAUGCCGCAGCCACGCCAUCACUGAAACCCAACGUGACUGAGCAGUUUGCAGAGGAGGCAUGUCAGGAGUACGGACUUCACCUCAUAACCUAUGACUGGCUGCAAGCACAUGGCCAUGUAUUAAGAGAGCGCUGGCUAGAUAGAUUGGCUCUUCGGCACGCACCUUACCACGUCAAACCAAUCCGAGUGAAUGGCAACUCCCAUUACAUAACUGUAACGUUUAGAAAUCGCAGUAAUCCAUUUCAAAAUUCCACAAUCAAUCGCCACGCCAAAACCCUCUGUGUCAAGCACUGUGCUAAUGGCGUUCUGGCCCAGGACCUGAGUUGCAAGUGCAACCGCACUGUCUUCUAUGGAGAAUACUGUGAAAAGGACGACUGCAAGUGCUUGAACCAGGGUCAGUGUGACAACGAGGGUAAAUGCAUCUGCCCGACAAGAUUCUACGGAGAACAUUGCCAACUCGAGUGCAGAACAUGUCUGAACCAGGGUCGCUGUAAUGAAGACGGCACAUGCACCUGCGCUGAAGGAUGGAUUGGUGACCGGUGCCAGACUCGGUGUGCGGACACGGACCCAUGCUGCGUGAACAAGCGCAUCGUGACACGCCGGGAUCAGGUCUGCCGCGCCGCCACCAGCGACUGUGACAUGGCGGAGUACUGCGACGGCGAGAAUGCCACAUGUCCACAGGACCUGACCGCACGCAACGGCUGGCCUUGCUCCAAUAGUCAAGCAUCCUGCUGGAGUGGAGUUUGCCAAUCACGAACUGGCCAGUGUCAGAGUGUCUGGAACGAUAUGGAUCAAGGGUCAGCUCCUGAGGAUUGCUUUGCAAUCAUGAACGUAUUUGGAGAACGUACGGGUAACUGUGGUUUCAAAUCGUCCAAUUCCACCCCAGGAACCUAUGCAGCCUGUGCGGCUGGAGAUGCCCUAUGUGGUAGUUUGUUCUGCCUUCCAGUUGCUCGAAAGAACCAACCCAGUAGUGGCGUUCUGUCCCAAACUAUUCCCGUACGCGGCGUUGGCGGUGUACUCAGGUGCAAUGGUUUGUACGCGUCCCCGCCAAGAAACCACGAUGACCCAUCGCUCGUGAAGGACGGAACACGCUGUGAUGCCAGCGGCGCUAACAAGGACCUCGUGUGCCACAAGCAACGCUGCGUGGACCAGUCUCGAGUCACCAGUCAGUGUUCGGUCGAUGCUGACAGCGGCAAAGAGUGUGGUGGAGUCGGUGUCUGUACAAAUGCAACAACCUGCCUUUACCAACCCACACCUGGCAAGUUUUUUUUUCACUGA